CAAAUAUAAGCCUCUCUUUCUUUCUUACAGCCUCCCUUCUUGGCUGCAGGAGACUUUCCUAGAGGGGAGGAGGGGAGCAACCUACUAAUGAGGAGGAGGAGGAGGAGGAGAGGAACCACAGGUCAGGUUGCACCCCUGGGGGCAGGGGGUGUGUGGCAAAGGGGUGGAUGACGUCGGCAGGAGAGCAGGUUUAUAGGGAGCAGCAACCUGGUGGGAACGGCAAUUGCAUCUUGACUCCACUCCCAGCUGCAAGAACUCCAAGACUCCCCGGAACCAUGAAGCUCGUACUUUCUGUGGCUGUGAUCUUCAUAGCUUUGUUUGUCAUGACAGAUGCCGCUGAGAAUCCGACAGCAGAGCCCGGCUUGUCUCAAAAGUUGGAGAAAUUCAAGCAGGAAGUUCAGGCCUUUGUCAAUCGCUUUGGAGAGAAGAUGAAGGCAGCUUUACGUGAGGCGUACCACGGCGAAUUCAGCAACAAGACCAGGGACUGGUUCGCGGAUAAAUUCCAGAAACUGAAGGAAAUAUUCAAGACAAAGACGGCUCCCACUGAGGGGAAGGAUGGUGCGUGAUGACCCCAAGAUUCCCACGCAGACCUCAGAUUGGAAAGAGGGUACUUUUAGGACCCCCCCCCAGCAGUGGAGUAACUUCUGAGGCUUCGGGUGCGGCUCCUGCAGAAUAUCGGCACACACACACACACACCCGCAGCUGCCUUUUCAUUUUCUACUUUGUUACUUAAAAAAAAAAAAGAAUCACAAAUAAAUAGAAAAUGCCUCCAUGGUGAAAUGCAA